GAACAAAUUAAACACAAACAAAAGUUCAACUUAAUAAAAUUUGAUUCUCGGGCGAUAGCAUGGCGAAGUCGACUUGUUGACUGCACAGAUCGGGUAAGUACUGUAGACAGAUCUAGAAAAGACGACGCGAGCUCAAAGACGACGCGAAUGUCGUCAUUUGGCGCCUGCUUCUGGUUUGCGAGGUCGUCUUGGACGAUUUCACGACGUGAAAAUGCAAUUAGAACGUCACAGAUUUAUGCUUCUUUUGAAAAAAAUAUGAGAGUAUGCAUCAUGACCGUCAUCCUAUUUUGUUCGCUAUAUAUAGUUUAAUGAUUCUAGUUAAAUAUUUUGUAUUGACAAGGAUGUUUUUCUUGUAUUUCGCUAAAUUUUUUGGACGUGUUGAUUUUCGACAAAUAUACUUUCGUCGCCAUAACAAAUCAAAACUGCAAGCAUGGUUAAUAACCAUUUCAGUACCGCUAGUAUUCUUCACCAAAACAAACAUAUUAGGACAAAAUGAACAGCAGUUAUAAUAAUAACUUGGGAAAAUAGAAGAAUGAAACCACUUUCAAGUGCUGUUUUAAAAAACACUAAAAACUCAAUCAAUUUCAGUUGUUCUGUCACAACAGUGCGAAGAAGUAGGACAAGUUAAAAAACUCUUUCCUGCGUGAAAAACUAUCGUAAACAGUAUUAAAUUUUACCAAUAUAAACACUGAUGCAAUAUUUAUACUGAACAGUUGACAAACUUGAUUGAAUCGGCUAUACAAAUUAAAGCAUUUAACUUGUAAACAAUACCUGCAGCUUUUGUAUUUAUUCCAAAUGAUGCAACAAAGUUCACUUUUCAAAAUACCGAAAUAUACGGGUUUUUCCAAAAAAAAACUUAUUGAACGUUCAUACAAAUUCAUUAGGAAAUACUUGGCCAGUAUUAUAUAGCUUUUUCUUGCACAUAUCUUGACAAGUGAUUGAAAACAAUACAGGAAUGAGCAGACAACAAGAAAACAACAAUUUGCUUCGAAAAAAACAUGCCGUCCGGAAGUGAACGCGGGGUGCAUACGUCACUUUCAACGUCGUCUUAGACGUCGCUUCGUGUUUUCUAAAUCUAACCAGUGAAAAGUGUCAUUGGAAUUUCGGUACUGCCUUUAUUCGUUCAACGUCGGGCGUGAAAGUUUGCUUUUGCUUCGCCAUAUCUACUGUACCAUCAGCUUUAAAUCAUAUAUAUCGCUAUCACUUUAAACCAAUUUGCCAACGCAGAGCUGGCACCAAUUUAUCAGCAUUCGCACGACGAUUAUUUGAACUUUCAACGUCGUCUUAGACGUCGCUUCGUGUUUUCUAAAUCUAACCAGUGAAAAGUGUCAUUGGAAUUUCGGUACUGCCUUUAUUCGUUCAACGUCGGGCGUGAAAGUUUGCUUUUGCUUCGCCAUAUCUACUGUACCAUCAGCUUUAAAUCAUAUAUAUCGCUAUCACUUUAAACCAAUUUGCCAACGCAGAGCUGGCACCAAUUUAUCAGCAUUCGCACGACGAUUAUUUGAACCUCGUGCAAGUGAAAUGAACCUCGUACAAGUGAAAUUUACGUCGUGCAAUUGAAAUGAACCUCGUGCAAGUGAAAUUUACCUCGUGCAAGUGAAAUGAGCCUCGUUCAAGUGAAAUGAACCUCGUGCGAGUGAAAUGAACCUCGUGCAAGUGAAAUGAACCUGGUGCAAGCGAAAUGAACCUCGUGCAAGUGAAAUGAACAUUGUGCAAGUGAAGUGAACCUGGUGCAAGUGAAAUGAACCUUGUGCAAGUGAAAUGAACCUUGUGCAAGUGAAAUGUACCUCAUGCAAGUGAAAUGAACCUCCUGCAAGUGAAAUGAACUUCAUGCAAGUUAACGUCUCCAAAAUUAUAUUUCUAGAAUAUAAACGAUGCUUGGCAGUGGAUAAAAGGUUUGACUGUCGGUGGUAGUACGAACACAUUAGCUGCUCUGAAGCUGGCGCUGUCUGAUGAACUCUGUGAAGCUAUUUAUCUGCUAACUGAUGGCAGGCCAGACCAGGUAAGUGCUAACCUAUGCUACUUCGGGCUUGUUAACUGGGAAACGAGGCAGCCCGGCUAGGUGAGAUCUCACCUUCACGCUAGGUGGGAUCUCGGUCAAGUGGAAUAAAUAUUUCAUAUGAAGGCUUUAUCCCACCUCACCGGUUUGGACAUUUUGACCUAUAAGAAAGUACUGAUCGGCAUCGUUGGAAAUGCAAACAGAAAAUAAACAUUAGUAGACCUAAAUAGAUACUGUUAAAGUGUACAGUUCAUGGCGCAGUACAUUUAAUUAAUUACAACAAAAAAAUAUUUCGAAGGCACUAUGUUUACAUAAUUUCGUUCCACCGAGGCGGGAUAGGUGGAAUAAAAAAAGUAACUGUAUUAACAGAAAUAAUUUAUCCCACUGAUCAUGAGGUGAGCUUCCAGGCAAACAGGGCUCAUAUGAACAGGCCCUAAGACUGAGUUCACACGACACAAAUCUGUUCAGUUCACACGGGAAUUCGCAUGUUUAGUCGAGUAGGUUCGUUAGUAGAGUUCGUCGAGUAGGUUCGAUUAUUAUACAAAAUAAUGAAUGUCUUCAUUCGUGUGGUCCACUUUAUAAACUAAGCUCUUGGCAGUGUGAGUGUGUGCUUUAACUUAAGCUUGCCAUAGUUGUAAGUGUGCUUUGAUUUUCAGUUGCUUUGCAAUAUUUUCGUUUAGUGUAAUUAUACAUCCGAUGGGGCUUCGGUGGCGCAGUCAUCAGAGCAAGCGCCUUUCACCUCUGAGAUCGUGUGUUCGAUUCUCGCUACGGACUCAUGUGAAAAGAGUCAGUCAACGCUCUAUGAAAAGUCGUGGGUUUUAUCUGGGUGCUCCGGUUUCCUCCCACAGGGAAAGUUGACAGGGUGGGUUAGGACAUAGUUAGGAUAAACACUGUUAAGAAAGUAAUAUCACAACUGUUGUAAAGAUAAAAUAGGCUAGGCUCAGUAAGUAAGGCGCAUUUGAUCAGUAAAGCGCAUUUGAUCAUAUCCACAUGUAAUCGUAAUCGUAUUCUUUUUGUCGUUAUAGCCAACAAGUACAAUUUUGGCGCAGAUUCAUUUACGAGAUCCCAUUCCAAUCCACACGAUUUCUUUCAACUGUUCAGAUGGGGCUGCAAAUGAAUUUUUAUGUAAAUUAACAGAACUUACCAAUGCUAGGUAAGAUACAGUUCAUACAAUAUCAUAUGUAUUGUUAAACGUUUGCAUCAUGCAGUCAUGUUGAUGAAAUUCUUGGAACUGCUGAUAAACAUUUUUUUGAAUUCAAUAUAUACGUGGGUUUCAUUUAAACACAGAGUAUAUCGGGAGUGAAAACAGAAUACUGAACUGAUAUAGGUUCGUUAGCAAUUAUUAUACAAAUAAUGAAUAUUUUCAUGGAGUGAAAUAUGGAAUAUUCCAUUCCAUGUAUGUAUACACGCAUGCAUGCAUGCAUGUGCACGAGGCAACAACUGAUCGAGUGUAAUGGAAAACUACAUCUUUCACCAAAUGAAAAUGUUUUUUUUUACCAUUGCACGAAUAAAACCAUUCAUUAUUGGCAGGUUUUAUUCGACACCACAAUGGAUCAAUGUAUUGAAUGAUUUACUGAACUAAAUGCGAAACAAGUGCACAUGCGUGCAGCUAAGUUACACAUAUGACGUUCAAAAUUAAUAUAACAUGCAAUCCAACAAACAAAUUCGAAAAAAUGUUUUAAUGAAAAAAUAAUAUAUUAUUAAUAUAUUAAUGAUGGCAUUCCCUUAAUUAAAUAUCCAUCCACAUUAAAGGUUAAAUUGGCACAUUAAGGUUAAAUUGACUACGAUCACGAAACCGUGCAAUUGAACAAAAACACAAAAACCUGCGUCUGAACUGUGGAAGGCAUGGAACUGUCCAUUUCGCGAUCAUGAAACUGGAAAUUGUUUGCAUAUAUUAUAUGAUCAUAAUCGGCACAAUUUAAUGGGGAGUUAUGUAUAACUUUUGUGUUGCUUGUGAUGUCACUUUGAGUGUGCAUCCACACCGGGCAAGCUGAAAAUUUUGGGAAUCGAAAUGCAAAUGAAUAAGAAUACAGGUAUCUGCCCAUCUUUGAGUCAAAUUCAGAAUAUUAUUCAGCCAGCAAGAGCAUUGUCAUUCAAUUUCUUUAUAAUAAAAAAAGAAAUAAGAAGACGUUUUUCUAAGCCGGUUGCAAUUUUUUUCCAAAAAAUAAAUUCCAAAUCGUUUAAUCUUGCAUGCUGGUGUACAUUAAUUCUCAAUUUUAUGUCCUAUGUUGUAAUGCAAUUGUCGCACUUCUCUGCAGGUUUCACUAUUUCUCGGAGAAUGGAAGUGUUGGUGGAGAAUCAGUAAAAGUAUAUGAGGUCAGUAUUUGCACUAUGAAGAUUUUUCUUCGGAAAGCUUGAAAUUCUGGAUGUUGAUACUCCUCACUUGGUCGCAGUUUUAUAUAGAGCUGCGUGGCACAGCGAAACUUACUAAAACGUCACAGAAUUGUACACAGCAAGCUUGUCUGCAUUGGAAAGCUAAAUAUUAGCUUAGAAAAUUUCUAUGAACGUUUGGCACAAACAGCUUAUUAACAAGCUCAAUAUUUGCUGUGAUUUGCAGAGCGAGGACGUUCGCCUGAUCCGAGAAGAAAUCGAACAAGCAACAAGAGAUCUUGAACGGUUAACAAGAUUGCGCGAUUGGUGCGCAAAACUGGACUGGGUUAGUAGUAACGCCAACAAGACCAACUCCAGGUAGGAAUUUUGCUGACUCGUUAUGAAUCGCUCUUUAGGGGAAGCCGCUUUUCGGGUUUCUCCUUAGCGAAGCACGGUUUGGGUGUUGCUUGUAACCACUAAUUGUCUUGAGCUUUCGCCUUGAUAGGUUAUGUCAUUGUAGUUGAUCUUAACUGCAUAUGUUUUGGGCGUUUUCUUCGCGUACCCCGGCUUUCCUUCUCGAGGUUUAAAGCAGUCAUCUUUCAACACGUAGCUUAAAUAUUCUUUAAAAUUAAUUAACUAAAACAUAGCGAAAUAAUGAAAUCAUCCAAUCCAAAAAGUAAAGCAAAGAUAGAGCUGCUGGACGAUGUCAGUUUCAGUCCCUUUCUAUUGUUUUUAUCUGCGCGGCUGGACACGAAGCUGCAAUUAAGGAGUGUAAUAAUAUUAUCCUUUUAUGAACUGAUAACUUCAUUAUCGAUACGGUUUAACUGGAUUUAUAGCUUGGGAAAAUGGUAUUAAGACUGUUCACGUCCUUCGUAGAACGAUAUUGGACAUCAAUUCCGCCAUCUUGGGUUCACUUUUCUCACAUGACUGAAGUUCUUGCUCGAAAUAUAUAUAUAGAGAGCUCACUGAUAUCAGGCGAAAUAUGUAUCGCCUGAUAUGAUUUACAAUGUCUUUAUCUUAGAGUUACAUUAAGAAUCUUUAUAAACGAUGUAAUGGUAUACAACACACAUAAUUAUGUCCGCUCCGUGUUGCGAAAGAAAAUAAGUAUAAAUAAAAUUUCUUUAUCAGAACUCAGACGAGACCGUCAAGUGCUCCGCCGAUUGUAAAAUCGAAAGAACCUCUUCGACCUUCAAGACCUCGCGUGGUCAGAAAAAAGAAGAAAACAACAAAGACUGCGAAUAGAGGUGAAAAUAAGAAAAUUUCAAACCAAGAAAGUUCGACAUCAUCUGACGAUGAUAGCACAGUGAAGUCUGAGUCAAAUACAAACGACGAUGAACGAACGUUAAUAAUAAAAUCAACAAAGGAAUUGGGCAGCGACGUUAAGAAACCCGAAGGACCCGACAAAGGUCUGUAUAAUCAUCGGAUGAAAAUACCUUUACCAUGCACAUUGUUUUGUGAAUAACACCAAAGAAGUCAUUGUUAUUGAAUGAUUUUUUGAGUUUUUAAAUAAAUCAGUCGGCUAGAUUUGAUGCAUUCUGCGGAAACGUUGCUAAAAGCGACAAAAUGGGUAAUACCAAAAUCCACUGCUCUGCAGUGGAACGUUCCAUUGCAGAGUCAAUGAAACGAAAUUCAUUCAUCACGUGAUCAUAAUCCGGCAAUUAAAUGACGCUAAUACGACGUUAUAUUGUUGUCAACAUGUUUUUUACCACAUAAGGUACCCGCAACGCUACAUAUGCUCAUCGCUUUUGUUCACUUUCUUUGUGCACACAAUUAAAGAACAUGCUGCAACAUUUUUUGAAAUUUUGAAAAGCAGACUUUAAUGCAUGCAAGAUGCCGAAAUGAGGCAUCUGCGCCUCAUGUAACCUCCUCGGCUGGAUUUACCUGCGUAUGUGUCAUUGAACGUUUGCAUUUUUUACUUUAAGACAAAAUUCCAAGAAGAAAGAAGACAAAGAGAAAAAUUGUACCGUAAGUCUGAAAUUAAUACUUUAAUAAUCUGUAGCUACAGUGAUUAUUAUAACUGUAGAGUGGUUUGAGUCAUUAUACUCGAUACAUCAAAACAAGGGGGAUGAAGUUGUAAAAAGUCAUAAAGUGCAUUACAAAAUCUUGAAUUUUGAAAUGCAAGAAAUUCACAACUUUGAUAAAAAUUCCUCUCAGGAUUGAAAAUGCUCUUCCUAGGCUUCGGAAACGCAUUUUUUCUGGGAGGAGUAUGCCCCCGACCGCUCUUGGUCAAGAUCCCCUUCCCCCGCUGGAACUGAUAAUUCGAUGCUGUGGUUUUCUUGGAAUAUAUUAGUUAUAUUGGUUUCAUUGUUCUUUGUAAUAUUUUCUAGACAUUCAUGCGUAAAAGAUGACUUGGACCUAACAACUGUUAACAAAAUUUCACCAACUCGGCAUAAAGUAACUUCGCCGCCGACAGUAAGUCAUGCAUUAUAAUUAUCUACCGUAUUCGGGGAUAUUUUUUUAUGGGAGCACACAUAAAAUAUCCCGAAUAUAACAAACACACAAAUUAUGUUUUUAUCAUUCAUAUAACCACUUACAAGCACAUAAUGCCGAUUCCUUAAGGUAAUUUGUUUUUAAACGUUUGCAACCGGAUUUUGGUGUUCAAAUAAAGAACGAGCCCAAACGCACCACAGAGUUAAAUUAACAAUUAAGAAACGUUUGCUUUGUUAACCCUCAAACAUUGUUAACAAAAUUGAGGCACUGCUUUUCCAAUCAACUUUUAGAAAAAGUGUUUCAAUUAUAAAUUGACAUCGACAGGUGUUCAUUUGCCUAAUCAGUGGAGAUUGGCAGUGGCCAAGCCAGCCCGACAAUUUGGUCAUGCUGUUUGCCAAAUUGUCGGGCAGGCUUCGCCACUGUAGAUUGGUAAAGGAUUUUGUAGAUGGAGUGUAAAUUUUAAACAUUUAUGAAGACCGGACCAUAUGUAGGACCAAUGCGAAAAAUGCACCUAUAGGCCCUCAGGCAGGAAUCAAACCUGUGGUCCUGCGAUUUUUGUGCACGCUCUAACCAACUGAGCUUCAGAGUCCUGUUGUCAAGCCCUAACCAAAAGGUUAUAUGCAUGUGUACUGGUUAUACAUGUAUAAAAAAAAAAGGUGAUGUCAUGGCAAUGUAUAUGGGUAAAUAUCAGGAUUUUUGGGCAUCUCAUAUAAUAUUGAUGUAAUAUUUGUACCAUUUAAUGAAUUUUAAUGUUGUUUCCUUUUGUUAAUAAAGAGGUAUACGGUACUUCGUUUAUCCAGGUUCGAUUAUAAGAACAUUCAAAAUCAUUGUAUUCUCGAACAAGUUUGGUUUCCUCAAUUUUCAAUGUUUUAUAUCGUCUGUAUAGAAAUCAUCAAAACCCGUGGAACAACCUAAGUCACAAUGGAUCAGAAACCAUAAGGUGUUGGCAAGAAACAAUGUGGACGGUUUUUACUAUCCAGGUCUUCUUCGUGUUAACAUUAAUCCUCGAUAUGCAGAUGUUUCGUUUUGUGAUGUGGAGAGUCAAGUCGUGUCUCUGCGUCAUAUUAUACCAAAUGAAGGAUCACGACCUUGUCCUACUUUAAAGGUAUUACGAUAAAUUGCUUCAACCUUGGUAGAGUGGUAAUAUAUACUGUGGAAUUGGCCAGUACAGUACAGUGCAGUGCAGUGCAGUGCAGUACAGUGCAGUACAGUACAGUACAGUACAGUACAGUACAGUACAGUACAGUACAGUACAGUCAUUUUAUCGAUAAUAUAUUUUCAUCCAAUUGAUUAAAACGAUUAAGGUAAUUUUUCGAAAUGAUUAAAAUUAAUUGGCGUUCGGCACCAAGAAGGAUUAAAAGGGUUACAUAUGAACAUGUUUGUGUAAAGAUUUUGACCAUCGUUGUUUGGUCUGUUGAACAAUUCUAUUUUCGCUGACUCUUUUAGUCAAACUUGUCAAUAAAGCUAGUUACUUUACAAAAGAAAAGGAAAUUGUCAAGGUAAAUCUGUCAAAGAAAACUUGUAUAGCUGUAUAUUUACACAUGAGAAUGGGCAUACGACUUACCAAGAUAAAACCUGUGAUAUAUGGAAAACGUGUUCGUCAGAAAAUUCAGUUCAUGUCCCGCCGAGUCAAUCCCCUAUUCGUUUCGUUCGAUUGUCACAACAUAUAUUCAGUCUAGCUAUACUUAUAAUAAUGAAUUAUUCUUCCAAAAUAUUAGGUCGGUGAUUUUGUUCUGGUCAAGUUAGUCCGAGAAGGUCGUCCACCUUCUUAUGUACCAGGCGUUGUGUACGUUGUUCCAUUACGACAGUCAAAAGCGACCAAAUACCACACAAUCAUUCACUAUAAUGGAUCAAAGGUAAAAAUGUCUUCUUAUAUCACUGCACUAUAAUCGAAUAAAGAACAAUGAGUUUCUGUUAAAAUAUCAUUAAAUAGUAAGUAAAAUUCUGCAGUUUAGGAAGUUUUAUGUAAUUAUUUUCCGUAUAACUUCGUUCUUGACCAUAUGAAAUUAAAGUGCAAAACCAAAGAGCCUAAAAAUAGUGAUAUAAUAUAUAAGAUUUUUUCUCAGUAUUUUGGCUAUAGAAUGUAUUGCUCUUACCUUGCUCGAUCGCUUCAUCCAAACGUUGUUUAAAUUUGUUAUUGUAUGUAUGUUCAUUACAUUGAUCGCUUUCUGCAUGCUGUAGCUAUGUAAUAGUUGUAAACAAAAUAGUAUCUGGCUAUAAGCUUUUAGUAACUUCAAUCAUUAGAUUAAAUAGUUUUAAAGAAUAUCUCUACUCCUCUGCCGACACUGUUAAACAAACUUUGGUGACUUUCUUUGUGUUUGCGAAACCGUAGCGUCGUUUAGUAAAACAAAUUGAAGUAAAUAGUGCAAGGAUAUCCGUAGCUGAACAAGUAAUUAAACUGCGCAAAAAGUACUAUCCAACCCCCCAGAAUGUACUAAAUGCAAUUAUCUUCUUUUUAGGCCACUGCACUCCGUAAGGAUAUUGUGAAAAUAUCUCAAUCUCGUUAUGCCUUUGCUUGUCGCUAUAUUAAAGAUUGUGAAAUUACUGCCAACAAAAGGUACAUAAAUUAUCAUUUUUUGUUCUUUAUGUAGAAGUUGCUACAGUAUUUACAAAUGCAUGUACAUUUUGAAGUAUCGAGCUUAUAAAUGCUAACAUACAGUAUACAUAGCUAUACGAUUACGAUUAGCAUUUCAAUAGCGCAAAUUUACAUGUCGAUGUGAUCAAAUACGCUUUACAUCACCUAGUACUGGAUGAAUUUAAUUAUUAUUAGGAUGUUAGGGUUUGUAAUCCAAGUGAGAAUAUAUACAUUUUAAGACCUAACCAGGAACGACUGCGAAAAAUGCAGCACAAGGUCCUCCUCUUUGAUAAUUCGUGAAGUAUCAAAUUGUGUGCUUGUACCUUUUAGCUCUUAAUCUUACGAAACCUAUUGAGAGCAUAUCUAUUAAGAACAACCAUACAGUAUGUUCUAUCAGAUUGGAGUAAAAUAAAAUCUGUGGACUGCAGAAAAUAUAUUAAUGGCAUACGAUAUACAUGCAUGUAACGACAGUCUCAUGGUAAAUUUAUUUUUAUUUGUUUUUUAUUAGCCCUGUGAUAGCGGUAUUUAAUUCAAAGAACGCGCAAGGUAAAUGCUUUAUAUUCCUGUCUUUACCCAUACCCCCUUUCUGCAUUAACUGAAAACAAAAAACAUGAUUCUUUGUGCGAAUUUCCUUAUAAUUAUACUGUACUUUUAAAAGGCACAACAUUUGCUAUUGCUCAAGGUAAUAAGAAAGGAUCGAGAGAUACAGCUACCUGGAAAUAUAUUAAGCAGAACUUCGAUGUUUCGAGCGAAUGCCCUUCGUCGGGAAGCUAGUAGGCUACUAUGGCACUUCCGCUACAAAUGUCCCGAGUUCUGCCUAUAUUUUUCAGGCAGUAGUAUCUCUUACAAUUAGCCAUUCCGAAGUUGAUGGGUGGACUGGGAACGAGUGUUAAAAAGUGCCCAAAUUAAGAAAUGAAAAGACCACCUCAAAAUUAGUAAGUGUACAAAGUUUGAAGACGUUUACAUGAAUAUCCUUUGAAUAAUAAGCUUUCGAAAAUCCGACAUUUACUAUGAAAUGUAUUGCAAUUUUGGUUUUUGGGACGCGCGUCCCAAAAACAAUCUUUUAAUCAGUAAUUUCAUAAUUUUCGAAAGCUUAUUAUUCGAAGGGUAUUCAUGUAAACGUCUUCGAACUUUGUAUACUUACUAAUUUUGAGGUGGUCUUUUUAAUGAUUUAGUUCAUUUCUUAAUUUAGGCACUUAUUAACACUCCUUCCCAGUCCACUCUUCAACUUCGGAAUGGCUAAUCCGCAACUUCUUGUUAUCGUCGCUACUUACACUGGCACCGACCGUUCGAGAUAAUUAAAGAAUGCGACUAUUGGCCCGCUAUAGUUACUCAAAAUUUCCGUUACUGGCGUCUGCAAAUUAAGUUACAUCAUAGUCUGUCAAGAUAUGAUGAUCUGGAAGCCCGGCAAAAUGGCAGGCUACAAAAUACAAAAUAGAAGGCUUGGUGUUGAACUGUAUCUCACCGUGCACAAAUCCUUUAUUUCAAUUCAUUAAAUAUUAUUCGUUGUGGUUGCACGUUUCAUCUCAGCUAUUCCUAUUGCAUGCAUGGGCAGUUACUUCGUUAUACGAAAAUACAGUCACCGUGUUCGUUCACAAAUUAACAUAGAUUCAGACAAAAACAUCAAACGAUGACUAAACAUAUUAGUUUCCAAGUCAUCAUACCUUGAUAGACUAUGGUCACAUGUGUAUAAUGUUAUAAUAUUACUGUUUUUUACGCUUUAACAUGAUUUCCAUCUUCAAAAUCAGGUAGCGAUUCCUCCGACAAUGAUGAAAGAAAAAAUUUAAAUGACAAUAAAUCAGAAGACAUCAGCAGCAAAAAGAAUGGCAGUGACAGCUCUGAUGAUGACGUAAACAACAAAAAUAAAAACAGAAAUAAAGACGAUGGCAGCGAUAGCGAUUCUAGUUUGAACGCGAACACCAAAGUGUCACCUCGAAAUUCGGCAAAUGAUGAACUAGAACGAAUGAAGCAAGAGCUGUUAGAUACUAGAGAAUCACAAAUGAAAUCAUUUGAAGAGCAGCAAAAGCGUUUUGAAGAGCUACAACAACAAGUUAAAGACGCCAUGGAUGAGCAGACAAGACGACAGGAAGAGCUGAAGAAACAGUAUGAAGAAAUGGUUGAAAACAAAGGCAAGCUUGAUGACGGCGGAAAAUAUAUGAAUGAGAACGAACUAGAAGAGGCGAAGAGAAUGCUUGAUGAAAAGCAAGAGGAUAUUAUUAAUGAUUUUAAGAAACAUAAAGAGCUACUUGAGCAGUUACUGCAGCAACAAAAGGCGAACAUGGAGGGAAAAGAAACCGAAAAACACUCGGACGAGAACAAGAAGACCAAACGCAAAGGUAAGAAAAUUGUAGGAGAAAGCGUUUAUCUGAAGUAUAAGAACGAAGAAUACUGUAACAGUGGUAUUACACAAACGUUUAAUAUUGUUACUCUAGGGGAAUAACUAUUUUCCUGUAUCUAAAAACGUUUACGAUAGAUUUAAGGAUUAUAUCCGUUGUCGCUAGAAUUUAAAGCCUCACAAUGAAGUUCUAAAAGGUAUGCUUUUAGGAGGGGAAGGUAAGUCUGGUACUGCUAUUAUCGUGUUCGCAAAGAAGUUUGAAAUAUUUUUUGCAUAUUGAAUAAAUUUCAUUACGUGAAUUUCCGUAUCUAUUUACGUCAAGGCUGUGAUGGUAAUUGAAAUGCCCAAUCUUUCCUUUUUUAACACACAACAUACAAUACAUAAGCAAAGCAAAUGAGUAAAAGGAGCAAUGUUGCUAUUGUUGUAUAUGACAUGUAGUGCAGAUAUUCGUCCAAAAUCCAGAACCAUGCGACAAUUUAAGAAAGUCAGCAAAAUAUAAAACAAAAACCGAAAACAUUUUGGAAGCCCCAAUACAUUAUGGACUAAAAAGAAGACGUAAAUUUUAAUAAUAUUUUUUGUAUCAUUUAUGGGUUUUUCAAGACGGUUUUAUUUUUUUUUUCAUAUUUUAUUUUAUUGUAGAUCUAGCAGAUCUUAACGCAGUUUUUCCUUUCUUAAGGGAACUCGAGUUCAUCAGACAGUAACAGCAGUUCCAAUAACUCACAUUCAGACAAUGAUUCACCACAACCACCGCGCCCUGAGCAAGAUGAAGAAAACCUACGAGAAAACCCGGAAGAUGAAACGCCAUCCAAAAUCCAUUUUCAUGUUAGAUCAGGGCAAAAGGAAGCCUGCCUUUGGACCAAAGGAUCCCAUGGAUUGCUGAUUUGUAAGUAUUGAUUUUAAGUAAAAUGGUGAGAUAUGCAUACUGUAUGUAUUAGUAAUUUCAGUUUGAUAAUUUAUUUCAGUCUGGAAAUAAAAUUUUAUGAUAAAUGAUAGCAAAAAAUAUAAUCCAUUUUUAUAAAGAUAUCUUAACAGUACCUACAGGUAGGCCUUUACCUUUUCUGUGAAUAUAAUGAUGGAAGCAAUGGUGAUGUUUAGUGUGUAUAAUGCUGUUGAAAAUUGUAAAGAACAUGCCAAUUAUUAAGAUGAUAAACAAAUUAUCGUAGUUUUAAUAUCCCUUGGUGUUGUUCAUUAAUGUCGAUGGUUGCAAUGGGGAUGGUAAUGGUAACGAUGUUGUUAUGGAUGAUAAAGUUUCGGUUAAGUGUACGUGUAAUUGAAAUAAUAAUCGCAAGGGUCGUGGUAAAAGUAUUGAUGAAGGUAGAUGUAAUGGUGAUAGUGAUGGUACAAGUAAUGGUAAUAUUAAUAUAAGUUCUAAUGCUAGUGCUAGUGCUAGUGUCAAUGGUAUAUAUAGUCCUGAUGGUAGUGUGAUGGUAAUUUGUAUCAUAAUGAUACUCUAAAGGAAAUGAUAUAGUGGGCAUGGUAGUAGUUUUUUAUUGAUUGAUUGAUUGAUUGAUUGAUUGAUUGAUUGAUUGAUUGAUUGAUCGAUUGAUUGAUUGAUUGAUUGAUUGAUUGAUUUGAUUGAUUUGAUUGAUUUAUUUAUUUAUUUGAUUUACUUACGAGGGCAAAUAGAGUGAUAAUAAUCACUUAUGUUGUAAUAGAAAUGCUUAUACUCUUUAUAUAAACAAUAACAAUAAUCUCUGAUUACCUGAAAUCUGUUCUACGUAACGUUUCUGUUUCCUGUGAGCGUAUUGAUUUGCGGCCGUUUUAAAAUGAGGACAAACUAAAAAGACCAUUAGAUCGCAUUAAGAGCGCAGUGAUCGACUUAUUAAAACUCUUCUAUGAAGAGAACCUAACCCGAUGUAUACCCACGAUGGUUAUAUGCGCUUGUUGAUUAUGCGCUUUUUUUUGGGUUUUUUUCGACGAUGAUAAGUAUUUUGUUUUUCGAUUAUCAUAAUUCAGCUUCAUUAAUAUUUUGACUGCUGUUGUGCCUGAUGGAUGAUAGUUUGUUCCAGACAAACGACAUGGUAGUGUCAUCAGCAUUUUUGUCAGUUACUGUACUUAUAGGUACUAAAAAUGGUACUGGGCCAAGGAUGGACCCUUGAGAGACACCAUGACUUAUGCGCGUGUACGCAGAACGUCUUCCAUCCAUCUUGACAUGCAGUGGUAAAAGUUCUAUAGGUGGCACUAAUUGUAGUUGUAAAGAUAUUGAUAUCGGUGGUGAUCAUUUUUUGUUUCAUUUCUAGCACGUGCACCACUUGACAAAGAUCCUGCUGUAGAAAAUCGACCUGUUCCAGCACCAUUACGAAACGGAGAAGAAGUUUUAGCUCAAUGGUCAGACGAUGGAUGGUAUUACAGAGGUAUGAGAACGACAUACGUCUUGCCUACAAACGUAUUUAAAAUCUAUUUCUUCUUUUGAUAUCUCAUUAACACUGAUUAUUAAGGAAUAUAUUGCUGACCGUCAUAAAUUUUGUGUUUUCAUCGUAUCAUUUUUGUAAUAAAUCGUUUCUAAAGUGCAAAACAUAUAGAAACGUUUUUAAUUGGCUAUAGAUGUGUAUGCGAUAAAAAAUUAAUUGGAGCUGUUGCUCUUUUUUAAACACUAAUUAUCUAGUGCAUUACUUCCUCCAGUUGGUUUAUUCCAUGAAGAAACUAUAUGCCUUGUUUACAAUAUCAAAACCUUCAUUCAUAUAAAUAUAUGUUAUUGAUUGAGCGAGAUGUCCAGAUUGUAGGAUAUUAGUCAAAUUCUUUCUCGUUUGUCAAUGAACUGAGUCGCAGGCGAGAUCCAUAUACCAGCAAAAAAAGAACGACACUAAUGUCCUAAACUGUCCGGACCGAACAAGCUCGUUCAAUAAGUUGUUUAUUUACUUAUUAUCUGACUAAAAACAAGAAAGAGUAUUCUUCAAAAAACAAUGUCGUUGUCAAUGUUUAUAAAAUUAAUUAAGUCGAGAAUUAAAUUUGAACAUUUAAAUACGCAGGAUUUUAAUAUUUGAGAACAAUUUUUGACGAAAAUAGAACGAUAACGUCAUAUUUUCAGUCUUUCAGAUAUUAAUAUACAUUAGUAUAAUUACAUAGGUGAUUAUUGACAAUUCUCCACACUGAUUGGUUGCCGUUGAGGUAAUUAUAACACGAUAAUCAUGUAAGCGAUUUUCGAAAUGGCGGCCGAAGCCGUUUUGUCGAUUAAAUGACGACGAAUUGUGUAUUUUUUUAUUUUUUUCCAAAUAAUCACGUAUGAAAUUAUACUAAAACAAUUAUUCACCUCAGGCUCGGUGAUUAUCGUGAAUAAAAACCUCGACUUCGUCUCGGUUUUUAUUCACCGAUAAUCACCUCGCCUUCGGCAAAUAAUUGUUAAUUAUUGAAAGUCGGAAACACAGCAGUUUAGUUCGCCGAAACGUCGUUCAAUGGCGGCUUUUAGUAAGUAGUAUAGUAAUAAGAUCAGUUUAAUUUUUUUUACUAUAGGUACAGUGCAAGAGACCACAGGAGAGAAAUAUCUUGUUGAAGACAGUGUUGGGAAUAUAGAGGAAAUUUCGAGAGAAAAUAUUAUAAGCGAUGAAGAUGACGCUGCUAACUCGAUUCAGGUACAGUAGGUUUUAAAAUUAUAAUAUCUUGCUUACUUUACUGACCAGGCAGACAUAGCUACCUUUAUAAUAAUAAUGCAAGUCGACGAUAAUUAUAAUAACGAGAGUGUAGGAAUUCCAGAUUUAUUUUGUAUUUUUGUGAGGAAGAUACUGUAAUUAACCAGUAAAAAAUACAUUCACAAAAUGUAAAACAUUCUACGAUUCGCAAUGCGAUUAGUUUUCCGUAUGGUUUUCAGUAAACCAGUUUAAUGUAUACUAUUUUCCCAUCCAUACAUUUUGUAUUCAUUAAUUAUGGCCCUUCUUUCUGCCUCUUAUUAAAUCCCGUGCAAAUGAAUUUAGAUCUAGGUACAGCUUACUUCCACUUUUACGUAAAUUAAUUAAUGACGUCUAGGUUUUAAAGGGAAAUCCCCAAUAUCGAAAAUCUCUUUUCUGGAAUCUGCUAGCACAUUACUAGCACGGUAACAUCAGUCAUCAGAGAUACUUUGAAGAUGAAGUUGUAGCAUUUGUCGUUCUAAACGACAUUGGAUUUUUGGGAUUGAUGGGUAUGCAGGUUGAAGUCUCCAGAUUUAAUUGUACCUUAAAGAUUCGAAAGAUUUUUAUACCUAUCCUUUACAUCAGACAGAUAUACAGGUAAUAAUGGAGUACCAAGUGAUCCAGUAACAAAUAUUAUCUUGUUAGGUCAAUGAUGCCGUGAUUGCGCUCCAUCCAAGCUUUUCGUUUAGCUACGCACCAGGUAUACAAUCUAGAUGAAUUUAAAUAAUAAUGCAACGCUAUUUGGCAUUUAUAAUACCAAUUCUUUGUUCUCAAAUUACAGGUAUUGUGGUUAAUACCAACAAUGACAUGUUGUUCAGCGUUCGAUUCUACGAUGGUCGUGAAGAUGUCAUUCCACGUGAAGAAGUGUACUAUCUAGGCCACGAGAAAUUUUCUGCCGAUGUGGAAUUUAUUGUACGUUGUGAAGAAAGUUUGGUAGGCAAAGCCGUUGUCGCUAGGAAUGAUGCGGACGGAUUCUUCUACCUGGGUGAGUUUGUAUAAUUAAUGUUCAUAAUGAUGGAGAGUAAGUGGGGAAAAGAGGGAUGGAAAGCUAAACAAUUACGGGAACUGUGGGCUUGACGUCAUCAAGAAAUCAUGAUUUGCCCAAAAACUAAGGCGAAGCUCUCGUGCUUAAUUUUUUUUAUUUCGAGACGAUUUUACAGAACGCUUGACUGCUCUUAACUAUCCUGUUUGUCGUUAAAUGGCGGUUAGCUCUCAAAUACCGCCAUCCUCACUCUACAUCCAUUAUAGUUGACUUUAGCCACUUUUCAUACAACUAACAUAUUAUCGUGCUUCUUAGGUAACGUACAUGACCGCGUUGGAAACGGACGCCAAUAUGUUGUGCAGUGGCCGGAAGGCCCUUGCCAAGUACAGGUACGGCAUUAUUAUAAUUUAUGAUAUUAUCAAAGCCUAAUGCCUUUAAUGUAGUACCAAAAAUAACAUGUAGUUAACGUUUACUGUAACGGUAAUACUAUAGUACAGUAAUAAUAGGCUAGGGUUGAUAAAAAAAAAAGAUAAAGUUUGUCACUACCAGCGGCUUUUUUUACUUUGAGGUGGCUCGAUACAGAUUUUUAAAAAUGGAAAAUUUGCGAUUUAGAUCCGUAUUUUUGGACAAGUAGGCUAUUACUUGUUGAAACAGAAAAAACAUCUUACUUAUAUAUGUAAAACAACCAUCUAAAGGGUUUGAAAUUUUUCACAAAUGUUACACAACUGUUGUUGUUUUAUGGCAACAAUGACGUUUCAAUAUGGCGAAUGUUUUGGCUUUAAAGUAAUUUAACUCGUAAACGACAUCGUGACCCCAAUUUUUAUUUUAUAAAAUUAUUUCUCGUUGAAAAAUGAAUUAUUUUGAUAAUUUUAAAAACGUUCUGUUAAACCAACGUUUUUCGAAUGACGUAAAUGCGAUUAUUCAUAAUAAUUGUUUUUAGUUUACACAUUUUCCAACACUUCACAGGAAGUUCAAUUGCAUUCUAGUUUUAACUUGUUUUUUGCAGAGCUCUUCUUUGAUAUUUGGUGCCCAUACUAAGCGUCAUCAACUGGCCAUAGGAGAUAGAGUUUUGGCAUUAAGUGAUAAAGGUAAGUAUUUUUAAAGUGAAAGAACUGCUGUGUAUUGUACUUGAAUACUCUAAAACUAGUCUAUGAUGCAUUAGUCUAUCCAUAUUCAACAUGUGGAAAUCUUGUAUGGGGAAAUACGUACAAAACACGGUAUACAAAAAAAUAUCCGCUUAAUGUCAUUUAAGUCCAAUUUCGAUCACACUGGACCAAGUUUCAGAUUUGAAAAUACCCAAUCUUCCAAAGGUCGUUUAUUUAUUUAACUGUCAUAUUCAUGUUCCACUACCACAAUACAGAACAUUUACACGGAACAUUCUUAAAUGUUAAAACAAUUUGUUUAUAGAAAAUAACGAUAUUCAUAAUUAAGUACAAAGAAAUAUACAUGCUUCCAAUUUUCGCAAAAGCUAUCGAUUGAAAGAAGUUAAACAAACUAUAUGGUAAACAUUCCCUUGCUAGUAAAGGGAUUAACAUUUCGAGUGACCUUAUAGUCAAAUUUAAAAAACAUCAAAUUUUCGUUGUCUUCAAAGAGAAUGUCAAUGCUGAUAAGAUCAAUUAUUGGUAUAAAAUAUAGAUAAUUGGACAAGUACAGCUAGGUGUAAUACAUUAUCGCCCGUAUUCUAAAAGCUCACUCACACUCAAUGAGUGGAGGUUCAAUAUGAGCUUCUCUUGAGUGUCAAUACUGUUUUUGAAUAGCUGGAGGGUGAGUAGUCACGUAGUAAGGUAUGACACUGGCCCUCUAGCUAUUCAAAAACAGCAAUGGGACUCGAGAGAAGCUCAUAUUGAACCUCCAGUACUCAUUGAGUGUAAGUGUGAGUGAGCUUUUAGAAUACGGGCGUAAAUGUAGCCUUUAUUGAGAAUACCAGUAUUACAAAAAUAAUAUUUAUUAUUCUGUACUCCGACUACUUGUGAUGAAUAUAUGUAAAAAAGCUAAGGAAACUACAGUGACUAAAAUUAGGUGAUCAAUUCAUGAGAUAUAAUUAAAAGGAGUAAAGGAUUUAAGAGCGAGAGAAUGAAAUUGAGUAGGAAAGUCAACCCUGUGCGCGUUUCGACCUAACAAUCUUCUUCAGCAGGGGUUUGAUAAGAAGGGGUGUAUAGGUUAGUGGUUAAUGUAUAGAUACUUUUGGAAUUGAUACGAUUACUGAGACUAAGUCAAUAGUAAGUAUAAGUAUAACGCUAUUUUGCCAAAGGCAAUGACGAAUAUAUCAGAAAUGAGAACGCCUGGCUGCAUCAUGUAUACUAUAUAUAUAUAACAUCUCCGACUUCGAUGGAAGAGAAAACAAGUUUGUUCGUGGGAAGUGCUUUUGUAUUGUAUUUCGUACUUCUUCAUUGUUUUCACAAAGCUCACUUCGCUCAUUUGGUUUAUGAAAGUAUCUAGGCCUAUACAUAUCUCUGAAACGUUUGACGUUGAAAAUAUAUCGCCUGUGUAAAAUUGUUAAUUUUGUAGGUUGCGUUUUAGCAGAGCUUGCGUUUCGAUAGCAGAGCGUAUACUUCACUUCACGUAAUUGAAUUAUUUAAGAAAUAGAAAACAUUUUCCGUGUUUCUAUUGAGUUAUAGAAACACGCGUGAAAGUUUGGGAGAAACGAGAAAUUGCGUGGGAACACGAGCACGAAGUGCGAGUGUUUCCACGCAUUUUCGAGUUUCUCCCAAACUUUCACAAGUGUUUCUAUAAACUCUAUAGGAACACGGAAAAAAUGUUUUCUAUUUCCUUUAUUAAAUAGCCUUUUAAAAACAAUAUCAAAGAUAAAUUUAUUGAUUUUAAUUGCUUUCAUUCAAAUAUUAAUUCCACCUUAAUAUACGUUAGAAUAAUUAUAAAAGCAUAGCGAAGUAAACAAGUAUAUCGCUGUCAAAACAACAGACAUGCAGCACUUAACAGGCUCACUUUAUUAAAGUAUAUAAUUCACUUAACAACGUACAUGCUUGCAUGCAAAGAAAGCACUGUUUUAAAUAGUUAGUGAACGUUUAAACAUCAUUAAAAACUAUAGUAAACAUGAUUAAAAACGUCGCGAGGAAAUUUUUUUUAAAAGACAAAGUAAAAUUAAAAUAUCUUACCUUGGUAAACAGUCAAACAGACACAACGUGUGCUAUAAUUAUACUUUGUGCUUUAGGUCUUCGCUUUCUAUGUUAGCAAAGUGUUGCCUUUUUUUGUAACGGUUCUUCGGCGUUUCGGGACGUUUUUCAACUUUUUUCAAAAUUAAAUAUUGUUUGUAUUUUGUCUUUUGAACUCCCGCGCAACCCACGCAACCGGCGUGAAAAUUCCCCGUGUUUCUAUCGAGUUAUAGAAACACGGUUUUUUUGAGCUUUUGACCAAUCAGCGCCCGUGUUUUUAAAAGGCUAUUUUAUAAAUAUAUUUAUGCCAUUGCAGCGCAAGGAAUGUAUGAACCUGGAUUGAUUACUGGUGUUAAGGGAAAGAAACUGGAUGUAAAAUUUAGCAGCCGGAAAAAGUAUGUAUUCAUUUCUCGAAAUAUUUAAUAUUAAUAUAAAUUUCAUUGUAAUAGUUGUUCUUAAUUGAAAAACUAAAAUUAUUAACGUGCGCUAGCGUCUUUGUCUUGUACAAAACACUGCAAAAAAUGCUGGUUUCUUAAUACUGCAUUAUGUUGUACAAUAGUAUAAAAUUAAGUGCUUCGUUUCUUUUCCAGGUCCAGCCAAGUUGACCCUUUGCAAUGUUUCUGGCUCUCAAGUGAUUAUUAUGAUAGAACGGUAGAAUAUAUCGCCCAAUUACAUAGUUUUAAUGGGAGAGCUCCGCACAUGAGAUAAUUUUGAAAUACGAACCUUGAUCUGCACUACCUACAGUAUUUAACACGUUGACCCAGAACUGAACUAGAGUCUGAACAAGUGAAUUAUGAAAGCGGAUUACUAAAUAUCUUAUUCUCAGUGGUCUGCGUCUCUUUAUGGCCGAUUGAAAAAGCUAUACAACGUUGCCUAGCACAAAAUAAGAAACGCAAAGUUUGUAUUAUAUAGCCAAGCACAGGAAUGCUAAAAAACUUACCUUUUUAAUAAGGAUGAAAAUAAGUCAAUUGCGAAACACUGUAUGUAAUGUACUGUUUAAUAAACGAGCAGGAGUGUUUUAUUAGGUUUAAAGCCAUAAGCGCGCAGACCGAGUGGCUUUAGACCUAAUAAAACACGACCUGCGGAGUUUAUUAAACGGCUUGAAACACGACAACAAAUUCAAUUACAGAUAUACACUGCCUUAUUAGUCUUCUUUAUAAUUAUAAAGAAUGCUAAUGAGGACACGACUACAAUAGAUACUGCCUUAUUAGUAUUCUUUAUAUAAAGAAUACUAAUUAGGAGUGUUUUAUCAGGUUUAAAGCCACUGCACGUGACAUAUUAUGGUUGACAUGAUUUGCCAAUAAGCUUAUGAACUAUUAUUAUGUACUUAGUAUAUUGCAUAACGGAAAAAACAUUUACUGAUACCUUUUAUACUUUUGGAUUUGUUACCAGUUUAAAUGUGCUUAUCACUUGUAUCCAUGUUCUUUCCAAAACGAAUCCAUAGUUGCUGACAUGCACUAUGAAUUUAGAGUCUGUUUUUCGUCACGUGCGCGUACUGGAUUCGCCAUAUAUAUCUAGCUCUCCAAUGUUGUAGGACAGAAGUUUAUAUGUACCGUGCACGGAAUACAGAAUAUUAAGCGAAUAUAUUAAUAUUAUUAUACAGCCAAGGUUUUAUACAGUACUGUAUAUAUAGUGUAGUCUUUUAGUAUUUUUGCACAAGUGAACAUAAUAAGUCCUACAACUUGAUUGGUCAAAUUUGACGUAUUAAGCUGUUAUAUUCACCUACAGAUGAAUAUAACAAAACUGAAAUUUUCAAAAUGGCGGCUAACCGUUUUGUGGAAGUUUACUGAUAAAGAAAUAAGC